AUGAGAGAUACCACUAUACGAAAGCUAGCAUUACAGCAAAAAAGACGCGCCACCAUCGAAGCCGCCGAGCAACAUAGCCUGGUUAUCAUUUACGAACGGCUUGCACUGUGGUUGAUGGCAUGUCCAUUGAGUCUCCGGUACGAGCUGUACAGCCACUUGAACAUUCACAGCCAUUGGAGCAAAAGAUUCAAGAACCCACCGAAUCCGGAAUAUGUUUAUGCUACUUUUGCUUAUAGUAUCGAAUGCGUCCGUGAGGAGAUAGAUCGGCUGGGCGAGAAUGCGAAAAAGGAGGCGAUGAUUUGCGCCGCCGGUUUCGCCAGUGACAAGUCCUCCAGCGUUGGCCGAGCGGGCGAUCGUGAGCAAUCAUGUCACCGGGACGUAACUCCGGUGGUACAGGAGUCUGCUACAGCAAACAACACUGCUACCUUCGGACUGGCGGCAAAGCCCCUGUCCGGAGUUCGCAAUCAUGGAGACAACUCACCAUAUGAAUGCAGUGUCACGAAUACAAGCGAUGGCGGUUCUCAACUCAAUGCUCCAUCAGUAAUUCAGCAUGUAUUGAUACCAGCAGAGGCUGAUGAGAGCCUCGAUCAGGAGAAAGAACAGCAGGAGAAUCCGAAUGUGGUGAAUAGCAAUUUAGGGUCUGAUGGAAGUUAUAUCGAGGAAGUGUUCAUUGACCUGGAGGAUUUCCUUAUUUGA